AUGAAGGGAGGCUCCAAGGUGGUGAUCGAGCCCCACAGACAUGCUGGCAUCUUUAUCGCCAAGGGCAAGGAAGAUGCUCUUGUGACCAGGAACAUGGUCCCGGGAGAGUCUGUGUACGGCGAGAAGAGAAUCUCUGUCGACGAUCCUGCUGAGGAAGGAAAGAAGAUCGAGUACCGUGUGUGGAACCCUUUCAGGUCCAAGAUUGCCGCUGCUGUUCUUGGUGGUGUUGACAACAUCUGGGUCAAACCUGGCGCCAAGGUCCUUUACCUCGGGGCUGCUUCUGGUACUUCCGUUUCCCAUGUGUCGGACAUUGUUGGGCCCACUGGAGUGGUGUACGCUGUUGAGUUCUCCCAUCGCUCUGGUCGUGACUUGAUCAACAUGGCAAAGAAGAGGACCAACGUGGUUCCGAUCAUUGAGGAUGCCCGUAUGCCACUGAAGUACCGCAUGCUCGUCGGAAUGGUCGACGUUGUGUUCGCCGAUGUUGCUCAGCCCGAUCAGGCCCGUAUUGUGGCUCUCAACUCCUCCUACUUCCUCAAGACUGGUGGACAUUUCAUCAUCUCCAUCAAGGCUUCUUGCGUGGACUCCACUGCUGCCCCCGAGGCCGUGUUCGCCUCCGAGGUGAGCAAGCUCAAGAAGGACAACUUCAAGCCGCAGGAGCAGGUCACUCUCGAGCCCUACGAGCGAGACCACGCCGUCGUGAUUGGCUCCUACCGUGUGGCAAAGAAGAAGAAAGAAUGA